GGCUUUUUGAAAGUCUGCUCCUCAAUUGAGAUUAGGUGUUGACACUCAUAGCAAAUUUGUGCACGGCAAAAUCAUCAGAAGAUGAAAAUUGUAGCGAGCCAGCUCGUAGAAUAUCCAGAGUAUUUUCGAAGUUAGGGAUAUUCGAAUAUCUUUCUUUUAUUAUGGAUAAUUUUUAAGUCUUUAAAAAAUUAGCAUAACCUCAAAAUUCUCAAACAUAACCAUACUGUUGAGUUGAACUGUAGUUUUGUGCUGUGGUUUCUACAUUGUAUUUUUUUUAAUUAGUAAAUAUUUUAUGGAAAAUGAGAGUAGAAAGGAAACGUAUUUUCAUAAGUGAUUUGCCAGAAACUGUCGCAGAAAGUGAAAUCAAAGAUGCCUUUCAACAGUAUGGAGUCGUGGAAUCUGUGGAAAUCAAAACUCGCAAAGAAUUGAGUGCCCAACAUACCUCUUUGCAUUUUGGCUAUGUGAAUCUUGAAACUGACGACCACACCUUGAGAACAUGUUUUAAAGAUUUUGCCAAUCGAAAGUGGCACAAUCGCUAUGUUUUGCUACAGUUAGCCAGAGAGAGUUUCUUGGAGCGUUUGAAAAGAGAAAGGGAAUCAAAUAUAAUUCCUAGUAAAGAUGAAUCCACAAAUAUUCCUGACACAAAACCAAUAACUUUAAAUCCAAUGCAAAAUGGAUUUAUGAAUGGUACAAAAAGCUCAUCUUUGCACAAGAAACGUCUAGUUGAAAGUGAAGAUGAUACAGAUAGUUCAAGCAACUCAUCUUUGAUCACCAAGAGUCCAGCAAAAAAGAAGGAAAAGCAGGGAGCUGAAGGACCAGAAGAAAUAUCUGACUCAAACCUUGAGCCAAACAUAGAUAUGGUUAUUAAAAACAAUAGAGGAAAAACAUUGAAUAAGAAUGGCUUGAAAAUCCCAUCUUUUGGCAAUGAUCCUGUCGCUAAGAUAGAGAAGAAGCAGAAGAAAAACACUGAAAAUGAUUCAGAAGCAAAUUUAAAAAGGUUACAGUCAUUGAAAAGAUUGAAAAGCCAGUAUCAAGAUAAAAAGUUAUUGAUCAAAGCUGCCUUAUCUAAUGUAGAUUCAAAACCAAAAAAUAAGAUUGUUUUCGAAGAUAAAGAGGAUCUGCCACAUAGUGAUAGGGGGAAGUCGAAACAAGAUAAAAGUAGUAAAUCUUUAUUUAAUGAGUCAGAGGAUGAGGAUUUUACCCCAGAUUUUUCUGUCAAAGAACAAUUCAAAGGUCAUGAAGGACAAAAGCUGUUGCAGUUGCAAUCAAAAUACAAACAUGACAAAAGGUUUAUGUUAGAUUCAAGAUUUUUGGACGAAUCUGAAGAAUUGCCAAUAAAUGCUCAAACGACAAAUGAUGAUGAAAUGACAUUGCAAGAUGAAAAGAAGAAGGAGUAUGAAAUACUGAAUGAAGUUUUGGGAAAAACUAUAACUCCUAAAUACACCAAAGAAACAGAAAGUGCUAAGAAAAGUAUGCUGCGUUUUGACCCAUCUCAACCAGAACAUGCUAAAUUCGAGGUUUCAAAGGCAGUAGAGAAACCAACCAAAAAGAAAAACAAGGAACUACAAUCAAAAAUACUUGAAAACAAGAAAGUUGAAGAAAAGGAGGCACAUACUGUGUCCAAAGAGGUUUUCUACAAAGUAACCGGGGAUUUGAAAGAAAGUUUACAAGAGAAGAAAGAUUUUAGUCUUCUGAAUUUGUUUGGCAAGGCGGAGGAGAGGCAACCUGAUGAGGAAUAUAAAGAUACUGCUUUACCAUUAGAUAGUAAUGGAAUAGGAGGCAAAAAUCCAUUUCAUUAUGAUUCUUCUUCUGAUGAUGAUGAUGAAGAAAUAGGGAUUCAAAAUCAAGAAAAGGAGGACAGCAAAAAACAAGGUAACAGUAAAACUAAACAAACUGCAAGUAGAAAUGUAGCGAAGAACCUUUCGACUGAAUCAUUUUUCUUCAAAGCUGAUGACUACAGAUUACAAGAGGGUGCUGAUUUUAUGGAGAAGAUGAAAACGUGCGAUAACGAAGACUUCUCUAAUAUUCGCAGGAGUGUAAAAACGAUAGUCAAAGCAAAAAUCAAGAAUAAUCAACGCAGAAAUAGACCGUUCAAACAAAAGUUGGGAGGAAAUAGAAAGAAAAAGUUUAUCAGAAUGAAGAAAGCUAUGAAGAGGUAGCAAACUGAUAUGUAUUUGUUAUUCUGUAAUAUAAGCCUGAUAUAUGGUGUAAAAACAUUUUUUUAUGAAACUGUUUUAAAUAUUUCUCUGUGAUUUACAAAGCGUAGCUGUUAGAAUAUUGAGGUUCCCCCAUUGUAGAAUUUA